GAUCUAUAGAUCGGGUCGAUACAUUGAAAGGAGUGAAUAAACGAACAUUGAUGCAAAUUAAUUUCUCGACAUGUAACGUUUUGUUUGGCAUGUUAGACUGUAGAAGAACUGCUUAUGGAAUUUACUGUGGUUAAAGAAGCGAUGAUUAAAGCAUAUUCUUUUAAUGGAUUUUUAUAAAAUGGGUUGAAAUAAAGGAUUUUUAAAAUGCCAGUUCGACGCGGACAUGUCGCCCCUCCUAAUAUCUUUAUUGAUACUAUCAUUAGAAAAUUCGACGAUCAAAAUCGAAAGUUUGUGAUUGCGAAUGCUCAGAUUGAAACUUCACCAAUUAUAUUUUGCAAUGAUGGAUUUUGUGAACUUACUGGAUAUUCACGAGCGGAGGUUAUGCAGAAAUCCUGUAUUUGUGAUUUCUUACAUGGUCCCCUUACUGGUUCAUUGGGAAUUUUACAGAUUAAAGAUGCUUUACAAGGCACAGAAGAAAAGCAAGUGGAAAUUCUUUACUAUAAAAAAGAAGGUAAUUCUCUAGGAACAAAGUUUGUGUGUAGUGUCCUCAUAGCCCCUGUCAAGAAUGAGCAUGGUGAAGUUAUAAUGUUUAUCAUUAACUAUGAGGACAUCACUUCUGCCUCCAACAGAACUCAUUCUGUGGAUGUUUCAACCUUCAGAAACAAUCGCCACAAAAGCUUUAGAUUACGAUUACCAUCCAUCCGUAGAGAACUCAGAACAAAAGUUAAAAUCUCAGAUAAGCCAGCAGACCCUGAGAACCCACCCAUUCCUGAAGAAGAAAAUAUGCCUCUUAAUCAACUACCAGUGCCUGGCCCUGAUUUCCCUAUCAACUCGCCACCCCUACGACACAGACCAGUGGAUGGCUGUAUUCUUGAUGUAAUGGAGGCAGAAAAGGCUAGUCAAGGAUUCAUUAGACGAGCUUCUUCUUUGGAGGGUAUAGAGACACAGAAACAAAAUGAUCUAGAUAGAGCCAGUGAAAACAGUGGUGAACUUUCAGAUUGGGAAUCCAUUUAUGAGAAAGGGAUAGGAAACCAUAUCAAAUCUAAUAUGAUUAAUCAAGCUUCAAGUGAUUCUGAACUGAUCAAAAAUCGUGCCAAACAAGUGAAUGAUAGUUUAGCGAAUGCCACUGCAGACAAUAUGAACAAAAUGCCUGAUCCAGACGGGAGUAUCCCCAGUGCCAAAGGAAUUUUCUUGCCAAAUGUUCAAAAUAUGAAGCAUAAUGUAUCGGAAAAAGUUGCUCAGAAAUUUUCUGUCAAGGAACAAAUUGAAAUGGUCUUGUCUCUUGGUGCAGAUGUUUUGCCAGAAUACAAACUUCAAGCUCCACGAAUACCCAAAUGUACAAUUUUACAUUAUUCCCCAUUCAAGGCUGUAUGGGACUGGAUAAUUCUUUUACUUGUGAUAUAUACUGCCAUUUUCACUCCAUACGUUGCAGCUUUUCUGUUAAGUGAAGAGAAGCGAAAUAAAGAUCAGUCAGUUCAAGAACGCUAUUCUGAUCCAUUGACAAUAAUAGACUUGAUUGUGGAUAUUAUGUUUAUUGUGGAUAUUUUGAUAAAUUUUCGUACAACAUAUGUAAACAAAAAUGAUGAAGUAGUUAGCCAUCCAGGGAAGAUUGCUGUUCAUUAUUUUAAAGGAUGGUUUUUAAUUGACGUUGUUGCUGCCAUUCCAUUUGAUUUGUUACUAUUUGGUUCAGAAACAGAUGAGACAACAACAUUAAUAGGACUGUUGAAAACAGCACGAUUGUUACGUUUGGUCCGAGUGGCUCGUAAACUUGACAGAUAUUCUGAGUAUGGUGCAGCAGUACUCAUGUUACUUAUGGCAAUAUUUGCUCUAAUUGCUCAUUGGUUAGCAUGCAUUUGGUAUGCAAUAGGCAAUGUAGAACGACCUCAUUUAGAAAGUCCGAAAAUAGGCUGGUUAGAUGAACUAGCAGAACAGACUCAUCAAUAUUAUGUCAACGAUACAGGAGGACCUACGAUAAAAUCUAAAUAUGUGACAGCAUUAUACUUUACAUUCAGUAGUUUAACUAGUGUGGGAUUUGGAAAUGUGUCACCAAAUACUAAUUCUGAAAAGAUUUUUUCCAUAAUUAUUAUGUUGAUAGGAUCUUUGAUGUAUGCCAGCAUCUUUGGUAAUGUUUCAGCAAUUAUUCAGAGAUUAUAUUCUGGUACAUCCAGAUACCAUAUACAAAUGAUUCGUAUCAAAGAAUUUAUACGUUUUCAUCAAAUUCCAAAUCCAUUGCGACAGAGGUUAGAGGAAUAUUUCCAACAUGCUUGGUCAUAUACAAAUGGUAUUGAUAUGAAUAUGGUGUUAAAGAGUUUCCCUGAAUGUUUACAAGCAGAUAUAUGUUUACAUCUAAAUAAAAAUUUAAUCAGUAAUUGUCCAGCAUUUAAAGGAGCUAGUCCUGGUUGUUUGAGAGCUUUAUCAAUGAAGUUUAAGACUACCCAUGUACCUCCAGGGGACACCCUAGUACACAGAGGAGAUGUCUUAACAGCUAUGUAUUUUAUAUCUAGAGGCUCUAUAGAAAUACUUAGAGAGGAUAUUGUAGUAGCUAUUUUAGGAAAAGAUGAUGUGUUUGGAGAAAAUAUAUGUAGACAUAAGAAUGUAGGGAAGUCUAGUUGUAAUGUUCGUGCCUUGACUUACUGUGAUUUACAUAAAAUUCAUCGCGAUGAUCUCCUAGAAAUUCUAGACAUGUAUCCAGAGUUUUCAGAUUUUUUUAUUAAGAAUUUAGAGGUCACAUUUGACCUGCGUGAUGAAGAGUUGGUAGUACGUACAGACAGUGAAAAUCAGCGAAGGCCAACACUUCGUCAUCGAAGAGCUAACAAGUCUUUCCAUUCUUCCUCAGGAUCUCAAGAUGAAACAGAAUAUAAAUUCCGACCUUCUCGAGCUAAAAGAUUACGGCGACAUAAAAGUCAAGAAGAUGGACCUACAAUGUCAAUGUCAUUUGAAUCAAGUGAAGAAGACAUCAGAGAAAGUGGCGUAGGAAUUUUAGAAUUUUCACCAGCCAAAGCUGGACAAGAUAUUACACCUGCAAAAUUUGAUGACUUUGAAUCCAAAGAAGAACGUAAAAGACCUUCAGGAUUUGGUUCAUCUCUUGUUGGUGCGUUUGCCAAUGUUAACAGUUUAGUUAAUGCUGUAACAGGCAGAUAUGAGCACCAAGGCAAACAGAAUGACCAAGACGCUACUCCAUUGUUACAGGAACAUAGUCAAAGUUCUGAUACCCAGAGGAGAGUGACCUCUAGUUCCAGUGUGCCAAAGUCCACCUCAUCCAUGACACUUCCUGUUUCCAGUCCUUCCACACACUCCCAGUUUGAGGAAUGUCAAGGGGGACAACAAUUUAUUCCAGCAUCAGAUGUGUUCCAGACAGCAGGACAUACAAGUCCUCAGGAUGUGGAAAGAAGGCUUGAUGAAUUGACAAGACAGCUAAGUCGACUAGAGAACAAGAUGUGUUCAGAUAUUGCUAUGAUUUUGGAUAUAUUACGAACACAACUUGGUCCUGCACAACACAUCCAGUCAGAUACCCAGGAAUCACCCCCUGAUGGUAACCUGCCCCCACCCCCAGACUAUAAUCAGAUUAGUGAGUUUGAUGAUGAUACAAUCUCCAGUCCAGGAUCCACAGCCAAUGACACAAGCCACCUGGUGUAUCAAGAGAGGCUGGAUCACCAGUGUUUAGAAUCACCGUGGAUACGAAGAUCUGAAGAAGAAUUAGAAAAAAAUAAACAAAAAUUUAAAGAUUCAAAUAUAUAUAAAGUGGAAAGUCAAAAAGAGGCCAUGCCAAAUAAAAAAUCAACAAUUGAUCAACCACUUACUAGUCUAUCAGGAGCUUGCUCAACAACUGACAAUGUAAACAAAUCAAAUGCAGACUCUCAAAAGAGCCAAUCAGAAGUGUCUACCACAAUCAGUGCAGACAAAACUUCUAAAACUGUUGGUUCAAAACAACAUACAGUUGUGUAGUAGUGAUAUGAAGUGACUAGCAAUCUUCCAGUUUUCUGUAGUGGGUUUGAUAGUAGCCAAAGUUCUUUACAACCUAAACCAAACGUGUGAACCAAUUUACUUGCAACUGGUCAGUUUAAUUUGAUCUUUGAUCUAAAUCAAUUUAUACAAUUGUAAGAAAGUAAAAAUUAUAAGGCUCAUACAAAAUAACUGAUUUUUGCUUGGAUUUUACUAGUGUUCUACCUCAGGAAUUUUUGUUUCAACAGACUUGAUUUUUUUUUGUUAAAGACAACUAGUGAUAGAAUUGAUCACUUUCAAGAAAACUGGUUAACACAUGUGCGGUUGCAGUUGUAAUUGUUGAUGUUUUUGUUUCUUAUUUGUUUUGUUUAUUGUUUAACCUCAUGUUGAUUUUUGUGUUAAAAUUGUACAAAUAAGUGCUUACUGGCAAUGUGUAAUUGCUUGUAUAAUAUUGAUGCUAAUGAUGCUACUUAAUUACUACAAUGUAUUGUUGUAUGGUGAAUAUACAGGUAAUGUUUUUGAGAUCUUAUUUCAAAAUCACGUUGAUAACAAUAAUUCAUACAUUGUCAUGGAUUAACAGUUUUUUUUAAAGGUUAAACACAGAUUAAAAUAUGAGACUUGUCCUUGUAUAGUUUCUAGAAAAGGUUCUUAUAAAAGUAGUUUUAUAAAAAAAAGAAACAACUGAAUUAUUCAGUGAAUAAUGAUAAACACAUUUCAAAGAUAAUCUUUUUAAAUUAGACAAUUCGUUUAUUUUAAAAUAUUACUUCUCUGUAAUAUUUUUUCAGUUAUUAUACCCAUACAAUCAAAGUUUUUGGGGUAUAUAGGAAUCAUCCUGUCUGUCUGACUGUUUUUUUGUCCAUGUGCCUUGUAAGUGCAACUCCUCCUUAACGGCUGGAUGGAUAUUGAUGAAACUUUACAAAGUUAUAGUUCUGAGGUUGUGCAUAGGGGAAUAUGAUCAUGGUCCAACUUGUUGAAGGGGAGAUAAUCAUAUUUAUUAACUUCAGUUCACUAGUAUUGUGAGGAGGAGGGUAUCCUUUUGUGAUUUCUCACACAGUUGUAGUUUAUUAUUUAGUUUUUACAUCAGUAUGAUAUUCUGGAUAGUACAGAACUGAUAUUUUAAAUUUACAUUAGUUAAUCUGUUAGUCUGCUAGUGUCAGGCCGGUAGAAUCAGCAUCAGACUUGUAGAACUCUAAUGGGCUUUUCAAAAUAAAAUUGAGAAUGGAAAUGGGGAAUGUGUCAAAGAGACAACAACCCGACCACAGAACAGACAACAGCAGAAGGCCACCAACAGGUCUUCAAUGCAGCGAGAAAUUCCCGCACCCGGAGGCGUCCUUCAGCUGGCCCCUAAACAAAUAUAUAUACUAGUUCAGUGAGUAUUGUUUACACAUCAAUUCAAUUUCAAAAAAAUUUCCAUCUGACCAACAGGGGUUAAAGAUGUGAUUCUAAUGUUGGGAACAGCUUUAAUGUACAACUCCUGCCAGAACAACUAACUAAAUUUUAUGAGACACUUCUGCAGGAAGGAAAUUGUGCACCUACUAUUUGAAUUUUUGGUCUCGUUGAUUUCUUGACUUUCAAAGCCAAACAGGAAACACAGCCCACAUGUCUUCUAAGGAGGAUGUACAUCUAAGUUAUCAGGAUUAAAAAAUAGAUGUACAUUUUCCAUGGAUUUUUGUUUUCUGCAUUUAUCAGUUACAUUAUCUGUACUUUCAUAGGUUGGCACACAUGAAUUACAAUGUAAAAAAACGUACAUUUUUAUAUAAAAUAUAUGAUAAAUGCAUCAAGUUAAGUUAUACUUGUGUUUACAUCAUAGAUAUGUUAUUAUAGAUGUUUUUACAUUUAAAGUUGUUGAUUAGUUUAGUUUAAUCAUAUUUUAUUGUUCAAGAAGACAAAUGGAUUAGUAAUGUCAGUUUCCUCUUGCAUAUAUACUUGAUUCAAUCAACAUAUACAAAUUUAUCAAAUUAAUGCUGUUGAUAAAUGUUCUAACCAUAUUGGAAUAUUUUAACAUUCCUUGUUAUUCCUUUAGUUUUGUAUAUACACAAUUAACACUGUUUGCCUCCAUUAAAAUACUCCUUGUUUCUGUUAUGUACAUAUGUAUAAUUAUAUUGUUGCAGUGUGAUAGACGUUUGUUUGAAUGAAUGCUCAGAAUCCUUAUAGGAUCCAAUUAACAUUAAAUGAAUUUCUUUAUUUAAACACUAGAAAUAGAAAAGAAUUCUUUGCUUAAAAUUUAAGUAGAAAAGGACAUGAUAUUGAUUGUUUUUACAUUAAGCAGGUCGUUCUGUCAAAUUUCUUUCAUUACAUAAUCAAUGCUUGAUUGUGGUGAAAAUUCAAACUAGUUUAAUGGUUAGUUUUAAGUCAGAUUGACUGUUUAAUUUUGUUCAAAUACCAAAUAUUCCAAGUGGCAUGUUUUUAGAUUCCAUCUGUUGUUAAUAAAAUUAAUUAUCAAACCCUAAAUAAUGGUCCCCAGUUCUGUUUAUCUAUUGUACCUGCUUUGGAAAUAUUUAAUUUCAAUGGCAUAGAAAUCAACAGGAAUUAAUAAGCAGGUGUGCCAGGAGGUAUUUUGCCCUCAAAUUGGAAAAAAAAAUUUCUAAUACAUUAACUGACAAAUGAACACAAUAUAUGCGUUUGUAACUACAGUAAAAAAUGUCUUGUUAUUGUUACAUUGACAUUAAAGAUACAAUGUAUAUCAUAAUUAGCAUGUUUAAUAAAAGUAUCAAUGAAGGCAUAGUUUAUGUAAACUAAUAAAGAGCAACAGAAUUACGAAAAAACAUAUUUAAAUUACAUCAACACAUUUAGAAAGUACAUCUAGUAUAUUUUAUUGCUUGGUAGGCCUGCUCUUAUAUCUAAAUAUUGAUGACAAGAUUUCAAAAUUGGGGCAGUUUUGACAAUGUUUUUAAAUGAAUGCCAUAAAUUUGAAAGCCAAGAGAAAAUAUGUUAGAAGUGAAUCAAAGUUUAUUAUUAUAUCUUAAGUACAAAUGGAUGUAGGGUAUUUAAAAGAUGAUGAUUAAAACAUUUUGUAAUAUUUAUAUUGAUAGGGAUGAAUUAAAUGGCAUUAUCAUACCUUCUUUUAAUGAAAAAAUCAUUCACAACUUUACUUUAAAAUUUCUAACUAUGUGAUUAUGCAAACCGUCUAAGCAUGAUAAACAAUAUAUUUUUUGGGUUCUUUGCUUGAUGCUUGUUUAAGAACCCUUGCAACAGCUGUUUAUGGGUCCAUAGGACACCUAUAAUAAGUCAAAUAUCUGCUCCUACCCAACAUACCGUCUUUUUCUAUGGCAAUUCAGUUCUCCCUCUUCAUGUUAGUCAAUCCACUUUCCAGAACCUACCUGUUUGAUAUAUUAUUUAAUACCUUCUUGUUAUGAAUAUUCAUGGGAUAUUGCUAAUGAACCUUAAAUAACAAACCUUGGGAGCAUGAACAGAAUGUCAUUUUAAUAUAAUUGUCAACAGCGUCUAAGAUUAAUCCUUCUUAUUUAACUAAUUAAAGAUCUAUAUAAAAGUAAUAAAGUGAUUGCCAAUGAGACAACUAUCCACUAAAGUUCAAAAUGAAGUGGAUAUAAGCAACAAUAGGCAACCUUGUGGCCAUAUGGUAUAUCAUUUUAAAGUGAUUGUGUCCUUUUUCAACUUUUAAAAGAUAGCAGCCCUUUUCACAAACAUUUUUAAAAAUAUGACUAAAAUAUCAUAUAUUUCUUCUUAAAGCAGUUUAACAUUCUAGUAUUAUAAAACAUUUUGUGAAAGAGCCAUAAAAAUAGAAUUCACAUAUUUUUGUUGUCUUAAUUAUUUUAGACAGUCAUAAGAAGUCAGAAUUAUGAGAUUAGUACUAUUAUUAUGUUAAUCAUUGUACUUGCAUCAUGGCAGUCAUUUUGUAUGUUUUGUAGAGAGAGUAAGUUUUGGUUUGACAGAAAAAAAAUGCUGUAAAAAUAAAAA